CUCCACUAAGUCUCAAGGGAAGCAUUGAUUCGAUUUGACGUAAGGUGUCAUGAGGUGGUGGCCUGGAUGAUCAGAACUCUGCCAAGAUGUCCUGACGGAUGCGCAUUCUGCUGCCUUUGUGUCUGUGUACGCGCUUGGCAUUUGCAGACUGCCAAGUGCCCCGACCACGGUGGUCUUUAGACACGGGCUCCUGCUUUGAAGCGGAGCGUGAGGGAUAUUUGAGGGACGGGGAGCACUGUGUACCGAAGUGUGCAGCCGGUUACUACGCAUCAGUUUCCGUGCUGUCCUGUGUUGGCGAACAGAUGGUGCCAGAAGCGUUUGUCUGCUCUUUGGUACCGAUGGCGACACUGGCUCAUGAAUUGAUUGAAGACAUCCCUGACAGCUUGCGGAUAUCCAGAUGUCUUCGUGAAGCCAGUGCUUGCAGUUACGAGCACCUGCAGUAUGCAACUUAUUUGGCGCAGGCAGGAGACUGGGAAGGGGUGGCAUGACUGAAAUACUUCUUGUGAUGGCUGAGCCUAUGCCGUGGCUUGACGUCGAAUGGGCUGGGAAAAA